GCUUUCCUUGUUGGGUGUGAGCGAUGUUCUUGCUUCUAAGAAGAGUGAUAGAAAGGAUGAUUCAGGAGAUAAUGCUGGGAAGGAGGCUACAACAAGCGCCGGGCAGAGCACUUUAACAAAGAGACCAAGAGAGGAAAAUUCAAGGGAUGAUCGUGGUAAGGAGGCUGCAAUAGAUGAUGCACAACUGUUUGAUAAUAGAGAUGGCGUUCAAAAUGCAAUUGACAUUGCCGGCUGCAGUGAUAUUAGUGUUAAUGCUUCUCCAAAGAGACCACAUGCUGAUAUUGAAACAAAGUCUGGUGGCAAGGAGCUUAUAGUUUACACAGCAACAAGAUGUAGACGUGCUAGAUUAGAACCGAACUACUUGAUGAGGGAGAGACAUGUUCACUCAGAUUUGCCUCUAGCGGAAAACCCUUUCCACUACAACAAAAGGAUAGAAUUCCCUAGUCGCAGGACAGCAAAAGAAUUAUAUGAUAGAUUGUUGUUCUCUGACUCAACCACAACAAAAAAGCUAUGGUUUGUUCACACUAUACCAACACUGCUCAAAAUUAGUGGAUCGGAGCUCAUUGAAUGUUUCCAAGAGUUUGGCCUAUUUACUAGUAAGACUUACAAGUGUAUUAGAAGGACGCUGGAUGAAAAUGAACGCGGAUGGUAUGGAAUAGAAGAGCGCAGAAGGUGGCGCAAAAUACUUCCCAAGGAAUGGGUGACUAUGGUGCUGGGUGGUGGACAUUACAUCAAGAAUCCAAAGAUGAGACAGAUGUUUGCUGGUGGUCUGCAUGAUUAUGCCUUGGACACUUGCCAACUGGGUAUUGCAUCAUGUAUGCAUUUGAUAUGGACCUUGAAAUUCUGCAUGUAUUUGACCCCAAACGUACGUGCGCCGGCAUACGCAUACUCGAAAGGCUACAUCAGGCAAACUGUGAAAUAUUGCUGGAUGGACUUCUAAAAUGCGUUGAAGCUUUCUUUGAAGGCUGGGAACAGGAUAGAUCAAGAUGGAAAUUCAAAUUCCAUGACUAUGUUAAUAGUCCUUGCCGCACAGAGGACACACCGGUCUAUGAUUUUCACUACAUUCUAUCGUUUGAUGGGAUGCAUGUACAAGGGACAAUUGACACGGAAAGUGUCGAUCAUCUAAGGAAGAAACUGAUGUACCUGGUGCUGAGGAUGGAAAGUAAUCUCGGUUAUCUCGAUCCAAACAGCGAGGAGGACUGAUGAAGAAUUUUCAGCAGUACAAUCAGGAUGAUUCUGUUAAAAGCAUGGGUCAUCUACAUGCAAGGGAAAUGCCAAGCAAUAUGGAUUAAUAUUAGCUAUGUAAUGUAAUGUACCGAACCGAAUUUAGCUUUCGUAUCCUAUCUACAAUAACCUUUGUGAGAAAUUAAGGCUAUUAUAUUAGCCAUGUAAUGUAAUGUAAUGUAAUGAAAUGAUCAGAACUACCUUCCCUAACUAGCAGAACCUUUGGAUAAAAAUUAAGGCAAGUGUAUUAUUAGCAAUGUACUAUAAUGUUAUCUAGCAGCAAAUCUCCAUUUGGAGUGAUGCAGUGGUGCAUGGUUUUA